AUGAAGAUGGCACCUGGGGCGCGGCCACCACCGCCUCUUCCCCUCCCGCCGGACCCGGGAGGCGGUACCGAGGCGGAACCGAGGCGGAACCGAGGCGGUACCGGGGCUGCGAGCAGGAGGCGGAAGCGCGGAAGGGAGCGGAGGAGCCGCCAUGGUGCCGCUGGUUCUUCUCUUGCUCCUCGGCUCCUUCCCACCCGGGACGUGGGGUUCGGGGGAGCUGCGGGCUUUCGUGGUGCCCACAGCCACAUGGACGUCGGUUGGGUGUACACGGUGCAGGAAAGCAUGAAGGCUUAUGCAGCAAAUGUCUACACCUCUGUUGUGGAAGAGCUGAGGAGAGGGAAGCAGCGCAGAUUUAUUGCUGUGGAGCAGGAAUUCUUCCGGCUCUGGUGGGAUGAGGUGGCCACAGCCAGGCAGAAGCAGCAGGUCCAUGAGUUACUUCAGGAAGGACAACUGGAAUUUGUCAUUGGAGGGCAA